UUUUUCUCCCCCUUAGGGAUUUAGUAUUUUGUUGGAACCAGCUUUGAAAUCAGUUACUUUGGGCAUUCAUAUAUUCCGCCAUUUUAACGACUUUGUUCAAGGCAGCAAAACCAACCGCGGCGUCUCCAGCCUUUCCCGUGUCUGAAAACCGGCAUGGGUGAGACGAGAGUGCGGAAGGAUCUUGGUAGAAGAAAGGCAUGCGAUGCAUGUUGCCGCCGGAAGAUUCGAUGUGAUGCCAAUGUCCCCAAAUGCUCCGCCUGCGUCUUACACGGCACCUCAUGCACGUGGACUCCAGGGCUUCAUGUAAAAGCACCUGUUAUAAAGAUACAGGAUGUUAUGAGCUCACAAAAUCGUCGCUUCGCUGAUAUCGAAAGUCGCUUAGCGGCUCUCGAACGCUCCCUUCGCGGCAACUCAGUGUCUCGGCACACAUUGAUGGAAGAGCCGAGAUCCCCAGUGUCUACCCUUACAAGUGAUUUAGCAGGAUUUACGACGACGACGGCGUCGAUCGAAAACAGCGGCCAUUUCGCCUUGCCACCCCGGGACCAAGUGUCUGUAUUGGUAGAAAACUAUUUUUCUGACUACAAUCAGGCCAUGCCCUUGUUUCAUCAACCCUUAUUUAUGCAAAUUCUGGAAAAUUGGUACCGAUUUCCCCACGAGCGAAACGAAGCGUCAUGGGCAUCUAUAAAUGUCGUCCUCGCUUUAAGUCUACAGCAGACGCCCUCGGCUGCAACAACCAGCGACGACCUGGUAUCCUCAGAAUGCAUCAAGAACGCUCAAUCAGUACUGAACCGUCUUGUUAUUCGAGAUGAGGAUUUACAAGGGUUGCAGGUCGUCUUGGCACUUGUGAUUCUGUUUCUCGGCACCUCGCGGCCGCAGCCCUCUUGUGUCCUGAUCGGGACGGCAGUUAAACUAGCGCAUCGGCUUAAACUUCAUCUCCAGGAAGGACUCGAUGAUGAAAAUAUUGAGCUGGCGGCUCAGAAGGAGAGAUUACUAUGGAUUACGUACAUACUGGAUAGAGACAUAUCCAUGCGAACGGUUGAACCCUAUGGGCUUCAGGAGCACGACAUGGAGGUUGAUACCAUUUCACCAAUUCUGAAAGACGAUCUUGUUGGUGUUUUGUCUCUGCCAGGCAACCCUAGCCAGACUGCAAACAUAUUCCAUCUCCGGAUUCAAUUGGCCCGUAUUCAGGGGCUGAUGUACGAUCUCACAUACUCGGUGCGAGCGCGGAAACUUUCUGGCGACCAACAGACCACCGCCGUAGAACGGCUGACGCACUUGCUCGAGGGAUGGCGCAAUGCUGUUCCGGAAGGCUUUCGUAUUGAAGAUCUCCCUACUUGCGGAUCGGAUAAUGUUCUGAGUCAGUUUGUACCCUUAUAUCUUGCAUAUUUUCUAUGCCUGUUUACUGCAAAUCGCUUGCAAAUUCGCAAUUCAACCUGGAUAGAGCGCCUAAUGGCUUUUUGUGACGAAAUCAUACAUAGCGACGAUGUAACCGGUCCAUCCUCGUCGAAGUCACAUAUAAAGUCAAGUAUGAAGUUGUUGCCGACUAAUUGGUCCAGCAUAGUUGAGGCCGCAAGAUUAUGUAUGAGACUUCACCAAUUCGUCAGCCAUAUUCGAUUAUCGACAUUGCCUAGCAUUAUUUGCAGUUACCGAUCUGCACUUGUCAUCCUUAUCGCAAACAACCUGACCGUGGGAGAGCAUCCUCUCCAUGAUCAGAUCGAAGAUGACUUACGGCUUAUAGAAGAAGCAUUGAUAAUAUUCGAAAAACAGUCUAUGGACACAAAUGACGAUUUUGGACAACCUAGUGUUUUGUCUGUUUGCCGGAAAUUGAAUCACGGGUCAAAAUUAGCAAUAUGGAGGCUGCAGCAGGGUUAACCCCUUAGUGCUAUUUGCAAUUCCUUGCCUUGUUUGCUUAGGGUUCAAUCCAAAGCCUUUCUCUUCAAGGAAUCUGGUCUAUACCCUCAUUGAAAAUGUCCACAUCUUGAACAAAGUCUUGCAGAGCUAGAUCCUCACUAAUUAUGAAGUUUGGAUCAAUGAUCCGCACCCCGGCAUUCGGCGAUAAUGCAAAACGUAGUAUUGAGAUGAAUGUCAGCUGAUUGUGCACAACUCGCGCCAGAAUUCUCUCUUACAUUAAAUCCGGACCGUUGAUACAUUUUACGCGUAUCAUGUUCGAUCCGAGUACUGUGAAGGUGGUUCCAAUUAUGUACUGGGCCGACAAUGAUUCAAAACAAUCUCUACAACUUUGAUACC